ACUUCUUUAACAUUUCAGACUCAAGUUAAGGGUCAAAACAGAAUUAGACCACUUUUCCAUAUUCCGAAACGUUUAGAAUUUUAGGGUGAAGUUUCAAGAAGAGGAGAAGCGGGUUUCCAAGCAUUCAUUCAAGGGUUAGAAAUUUCGCCAAGAACAAGUGUUCUUUCAAGAUGUCGAACCGCAACAAGAAAUUGAAAUAUUGUCGUCCCGACUGGUAUGGAGAAUACCGUAAUUCUGACUGUAAUCCAAAUGUAUGGAAUGCAAAGGUCACAAUUCGUCAAGAAUUAAGUAUCAAUAACCCUAUUGCUCAUUCACCUUGUAAUUUACCCACAUUAUACCUCAAAUUUCACUUUGAUACAUUGUUUACUGGACAACAAGAGCGAGUUCAGAGCAGAUCACUCAAUAUCAAACUUUUCCAUUCAGCUACAUACAUGUCACGCGAAAAGUUCUACCGUGUCAUAGAAGAUAAUAUCUACGAAAAAUGGGGUGAAAUGUUUGAUAAGGACGAUCGUCAAGAUUUCAUUGAUAAUAUAUUUGAAGAAAUCCAUGAAAUUAUUGGGGAAAAGUUUAACAAGGGUCGCCAACGCUUGGUUGUGAGUAUUCGUACGAAUUUAUUCGUGUCAGACAUAAUGAAGUUGGUAUGGAAGAUGAAGACUGAUGAAAAUCUCAUGAAUGAUGAUUGUAUUAUUUGUUUCCAAGAGUUUGAAAAGGGGGGGCAGGAGGUGUUGUGUAUGCCGUGCUCACAUGUGUUUCAUGCAGAUUGCAUUGCAAUGUGGUUACAGAACGGGCAUUGUUGCCCUGUUUGUCGUUAUGAUUUUCGAGAGUGACAUAAGUAUAGAAUUUGACGUUCAUAAAUUUGGUAUUUCUUAUCUAUAUAUUUGAAGACUUAUUUUUUUUUAA